AUGGAGACUUCUGUCCUUACAACGCUUUGCUGGAGUUUCUUGUUUUUCACGGUGUCUGUGGCAAGUCGCAGAACAUUGGUACAUGAUAAAUGUCGAACGACGAAAGGAAACCCUCAGGAAAACAAGUGCAGUACGGUGAUAAAUGGAAACUAUUACGCGGGAACUAACGAGGAGAUGAAGACCAUUCUUCAAGGAAUUCAAGCACAGCUUACUGACCUACAAGAGCUUCUGCGUGAUAUGAAGAUAGAGAAAGAAAACAAAACUGGUAAAAAUUUAACACGAAUGUUUUCAGUUUAUUAAAGAGUGUUUCGUUAGAAUAACUUGUGGUUAGUUCUCUUUGUAUUUUUUCAGGAUUAACUUUUUCUACUGUUCAAACAGAGAAGUUCUAAAAUGUUUCAAUUGGUACAUUUCUCAUCAAAAUUGAUUUACUUAGAUGAAUCUACUCAGUCUUAAAUAUUUUGUUUCCGUGGUGCUUUUGUCUACUUUGACGAAUCUUUCAAAUAUGAAAUUGAUUCAAUCUUUCCCUUCUUGUAGUCAAGAACCGAAACUGCGCUGACCUUUUCGAGUCCGGUGAGAGAAUCAGUGGAGUGUACACUAUAAGCCCGGAUAGCAGCCGCGGUCCUUUCGACGUCUACUGUGACCAUAAAACAGCCGGUGGAGGAUGGACAGUGAUUCAGAAAAGAUUGGAUGGCUCAGUAGAUUUUUAUCGCGGCUGGGCCGACUACAAGCGCGGUUUUGGUAACUUGAACGGCGAGUUCUGGCUCGGUUUGGACAAGAUGCAUCAGUUGACUAAGGCAGGUAGGAACAUAAUUCGAAUAGAGCUGGAAGACAUUAAGGGAAAAACGGCCUACGCCGACUACGACAUGUUUGCAGUGGCAAGUGAGAGAGCUAAGUAUCAACUGAGCCUUGGAACUUACUCUGGUAAGUACAUCAAUGUUUGAUGAAUAACAAAAUAUUUAAAAAACACAGUAACCCGAAGAUAAGAUCUCGCGGCACGGUCCAAAGUAUAAAUAAAAUUGCGCGAAAUAAUUUAUAUGAACUCCAGACAUUUUUUUUUUCAUUUUAGCACAAACAAUCUCGUCUGUAGUUUCUUUAUACACUGUGGGAUGAACGAUUUAAUAAUCUUAAGUCGAGCUAGUAGCUCAUCCUGUUAUGCUAGAUCACCUUUGAGCCUUUAAUUGGAUAUCAGAUGAUAACUGUUCGCAUUACAAGUUACACAGAAAUCAAUGUUUGAUGAAUAACAAAAUGUUUGAUGAAUAACAAAAUAUUUAAAAAACACAGUAACCCGAAGAUAAGAUCUCGCGGCACGGUCCAAAGUUGCGCGAAAUAAUUUAUAUGAACUCCAGACAUUUUUUUUUUUCAUUUUAGCACAAACAAUCUCGUCUGUGGUUUCUCUAUACACUGUGGGAUGAACGAUUUAAUAAUCUUAAGUCGAGCUAGUAGCUCAUCCUGUUAUGCUAGAGCCGAAGGAAACCUUUGAAAUAAGCGUAGUACGCUUUAAUUGGAUAUCAGAUGAUAAAUGUUCGCAUUCCAAGUUACACAGAAACUCAUUAGCGUGUCUGCGUGGGCCAAUUAACACUAGUUAUUCCAUCAAGUGGAUUUGUAGCAAAGAAUUUAAAGGUCAGACAAGAAGAAUUUAUCAACGUAUCCAUUUAUCCGCAGGUACGGCUGGUGAUUCUUUCUCCUUCCAGCGUGGUGCUCCUUUCUCAACUAAAGAUCAGGACAAUGAUCCUGAUAAACGUCACUGCGCUAGAACGUUUAAGGGAGGCUGGUGGUACAGCUUGUGUCGCCAUGCAAACCUAAACGGUUUGUACCAGCCUGGGCCGCAUUCAUCUCAUGCUGAUGGUAUUAAUUGGCAUCACUGGAAAGGAGAUAACUAUUCGGCCAAGAGAUCGGAGAUGAAAAUAAGGCCCGUAAAUUUGUGAGUCUUCUGCCAUGUACGGAGUUUUAACUGCUCAUGAAUAAAAUUCAAUGGAUC